AUGUUGAGAAGAAAUAAUUCCUACUACAGCUCCUACAACAUCCCUUCCUUCCAGCCUUUACUAGUUGACCAAAUACCCCAUCCAACAAGAAGCACAAUUGCGCAAGAGUUUAAUAUACCUUGAACAAACGCCACCAUUCCCCAGUCCCACACGUUGUACGACACCCAUGCAACAGCCAAACACCCACUAUCAUAGCAGAAGAAGAAGAAUCUAAACGAAUUUCUUAGCUCUUAAUCAACACCAGCUUUGAAAAUAUCACGACUUGGCUUUAAUGGAAGGAGAAAGAUCAGCAUCAGGGUUGCACUUGAAUCCCAAUUAUGAGCUACCACCCUCAUUCUCUGCUCCUCAUCCCAUUCCUGAGAUGGGUUUUGUACAGUUUGAAGAUCAUCACCAGGUUUUGAGCUUCUUGGCCCCUUCAUCACAAUCUUCUCAUAUAUCCUCGCAGACUCUCCAUGGUGGUGGUGAAAAUAAUCACACUAAUAGUAGCACCACCAGCAAUCAUAACGGUUCUUUUGGGUUCAGACAUAAUGAACUUGUCGCUACCAGUACUAGACCUUCAUGGAAUAACGACCAGGUGGGCUCGCUGAAUCCCAAGGCUGUUGGUGACCAAAAUUGCGCUACUAAUAAUGCCAACGAGGGUACCAAUUCCUGGUGGAGGAGCUCGGCCUCAGAAAAAGGUAAGGUGAAGGUAAGGAGAAAGUUAAGAGAGCCAAGAUUCUGUUUCCAGACAAGGAGUGAUGUAGAUGUCCUUGAUGAUGGUUACAAAUGGAGGAAAUAUGGCCAAAAAGUUGUCAAGAACAGCCUUCACCCGAGAAGUUACUACAGAUGUACGCAUAAUAACUGUAGGGUGAAGAAGAGAGUUGAAAGACUAUCAGAGGACUGUCGAAUGGUGAUAACUACGUAUGAAGGUAGACACAAUCACUCCCCUUGUGACGACUCAAACUCGUCUGAACAUGAAUGUUUUACUUCAUUCUAGCAGCUUGAUUUGUAUAACUAGUAAAUUAUAUAUUGUACACAAGCUAGUCGUUUGCAUCAAUCUUCUUUUUAUGGUGUGAUUAAUGUUCCAUCGAAUAGCGUUAGCUUCAGCUCAUCAUGAGAUUUAAUUUAUGUGUAUAAAACUUCAACCUCUAUAUUCUAGUAGUUAUAUAUGUUAGCUAUUCC